GUUCAAGUCUGCCGAAUUUCUAUAAAUAACGAGAAAUUCUUGUCGGAGCUCAUUCAGUCUGAUAUUAAAGUCACGAAACUCAGUUUGGUUUCGACCGACCAGCUCAAAAAUUUCUCACAUACCUCUCGUUUGUACGACCAAAUGACGACGAAGAACAGCGCCAAUGAUCGACUUCCGAUGCACUCGGCGACAGAAAGAGAGUCGACGAGGUGGCUGCGAAGAUCUGCAUCGAAUCGAAGAGCGUGGAAGGGUGGUUCGUUGUUGCUCACUUUGGCGGUACUGAGCGUCACUCGAGGAACGCUUUCACAAAAGCCGCCGACAGGUGGCGCGAUACGAGUCUACAAUAAUUUCGACUCCCUUGGCAAAAACACGAGAUUCGUACCUCAAAAUGGCAAAGAAAGUUCGUUAUUUAGCGAACGAGUGGUCAAAGUUUUUAAAAAUCCACCAAUAAGGCCGAAGUACGAAAAGCCGGCGGAGAGCGACGUCAUAUUCGCCGGUGACUUUGGCAUGGAAUUUUGCAGCAGCCUUGACCGGCUGUUCGAAUCUUAUUUCAGUGAAUUGAAAAUCGAAAAUUUGAACAAACCUUGGCGAAUUUUCACCAAGAACUGGACUGACUGUGACGUCGCUGAGCAUUUCGGCAUAAACCCGGUGCAUCUCGACGACCAUCUUUAUUCCUACCUCCUCGUCAGAAUCCGGAGAAUUCAUGACGGUAAACGGAUCGCAGGCUCAGUCAAAGAUCUUGAACGCGACGAAGCAGUCGGUAAGAAAAUCGACAGCAUCGCUGUCAAUGAUAACCCCGAUGGCCUCGCCGAUGUUACUCAAUUUAUAAGUAGCGUUGGCUCGCAUUACGUUCGUUCUUAUACCACGGGAAAUUCCCUCUUUCAGGUUUUAGUUUAUCCAAAAAUUUUCUUCGAUUCGCUAAAAAAUGUGUUGUACCAGCGAAGGCUGGCUGAUCUGUCAAGAGGCCAACGGGUUGCUUUCGAUGCGGCUUAUUACAACUUCGAGCACAAUGGAACGAUUAAAACAGCGAGUGGAAAUCGUUCGGUCGAGGCUUGGGCAGUCGAAAAUGUGCCAUAUGAAAAUGGCAACAAAUAUAACGAUCUUUUGAAUUCCGUUUGGCAGAACGAAGCAAAGUUACGACGAUUGAAUCAACUCCUGCAAGACGAAGUUAUUCUUCAGCUGAAUCUCCGAUCCGUAGCACCGCUUUUUAAAGAGCCUCAACGUCGUAACCAAUUCUUGGAAAUGAUAAAAAAAUAUUUUGAAAAUGGACUCGGAAAUACUCGUGAAUUAUAGAAGCGAGAUCGACAGUAAAUGCUUGAACAAUAAAACGUAUGAAAAUAAUUCAAAUGAAAAGUUGAAUUAAGAACACUCGGCUGAAGAAUAUUUAUGAUUUAACGUUACUGUAGUUCUUUGUUAACACGUGUUCUGUGAAGGCAAAAAUAUCGCUUGAAAUGAG